CAGGCCCAAUCACAGAAUGGGCUUCAGAAAUUUGGCAAUCAAAAUACUUUUCUUAUCACAAACUACAACUGGAAUUCUGGGAAAUUUCUCUCUUCUUAUCUAUUAUCUAGUCUACUAUAUACAACAUGCAUUAAAACCCACAGAUUUGAUUCUCAUGCACUUAAUGGCAUCCAAUGCCUUGAUAGUUCUCUCUGCAGGAAUACCUCACACAUUGGCAGCUUUUGAGUUAAAGCAGUUUUUAAAUGAUUUUGGAUGCAGAUUAAUUUUGUACAUUCAAAGUGUUGGCCGGAGUGUGUCAAUUAGCACCACCUGUCUCCUGAGUGUCUUCCAAGCCAUCACCAUCAGUCACAGGGAAUCCUGCUGUAAUGAUCAAAAGGUGAAUGCUGCAAAGUACAUUGGGUGCUCCAUUUUCUCUCUCUGGGUCUUGUUUAUAAUUAUACAUUUCAUUUUCUUUGUGUACAUACUUGUCAAAAGGAAUAGCAAAAAUAUGACAAGAAUCCGAAAUUUUGAGUACUGUUCAUUUGGAGGGGGUGAUGACAUCAAUGCCUCACUCUACACAGCAUUAGCGGUGUGCCCUGAAAUCUUCUUUUCUCUGCUCAUUGCCUGGUCCAGUGUCUUCAUGAUUGUUAUUCUGUAUAGACACAAGCAGAGGUUUCAGCACAUCCACAGCAAUACUGUUUACAGCAGAAUCUCACCAGAAUCCAGAGCCACCCAGAAGAUCCUAGUCCUGGUGUGUACCUUCCUGGCAUUUUUUACUAUCUCCUCUGUUUUAAAAGGCUGCAUUUCUCAUCUGCAUAAUCUCAAUUGGUGGUUCGUGAACAUCACUCGCCUCACUUCUCUGUGUUUUCCAUCCUUUGGACCCUUUGUUCUUAUGAGUCAUUGUACUUUUAUGCCCAGACUCAGUUUGAUCUGGAUACGGAAUAAAAUUUCCUAAUCUUAUUUAAGUAUCUGAAUUAUGUAUCUUACUUAUUAACUCACACUCUUCACCAA